GAAUGGAAUAAUAGCCUACCAGUUCAACUCAAUAAACCUUCUAUGAAGAUAAAAGUCUCACUGAAGUUGAAACCUAAGAAAAGAAAGAGGAGCAACGACGCAAGAGAUCCACCGAGCUUCAAACAUCGUUUACACAAUAGGAUCAAAAUAAAAAGAUCUUUUGCAUGUUCUUCUCAUGAUACAACCUGAAAAUAAAAGUCGUUUUUGUUAUUAAUAAGUAAGAUAAAACCAUGGGACAAAGAGAAAAAAAAAUGAAUGACUUACAUAUGUGGAGCGAUGAACCUUGCACGAAGACUAAAAACCCAUUCAAGUUCAAAGUCAGGUAUAGGAAGAGAAGUGACGGAGGACUAUAUAACUGAUCAAACAUCGUCUUCAACAAUAGAAGCAUCAAAAUAGUUAUUGUAAUAAUUUAUAGAUAUAGGAGAGAUAGAAUCAUUGGGCGAAAUACAACAACACCUUUCAUUUUAAUUAACUAUAUACCUAGACCAAGAAUAAAAUAAUAAAGUUUAAUAACUCAAUCGAAUGAUUUUUGGCCGAUUUUAUGCAUCAAACUACCUAAAUUCGCUUUGUGUUGUAAACUUUAUUUAUAGAAGGAAAAAAGUAUUAAUAUCCCCGUAAUUGCAAUCACCAAGUUUUCUCCAAUUUGCACCCCAGUACCCACCCCAUGGUAUUAUUGUUUCUCAUAAUCUUCCAAUUUUUUCUAGUUAUCGAUCGUCAACCUUUCAUUCCAUUUCUUCAAAAAACAUAUCUUCUCCAAAAUUUUAAGAUUCUAAUAUCUAAAAGGGUAAUGUCUAUUUUUUAUAAAAAUCUUUUUCAGAUUCUUUUAUAUUAUCCAAACCUAUUAAAAUUCUAUUAAUUAUAAAAAUCUUUCAUAAUGCAUUAAUAUAUUAGCCAUUUUUAUGUUAUCGUUAAUAAUUUUGUAGCUCUUUCCUUAGUUAAAAAAUUAAAAUUUUGAAAAUGUUGACCUUCAUGAGUCUAUUCCAAGUCAGUUGCAAGUUAUCAAGUCAAUAUUACUAACAAAAUUACUAACUGAAAGUUAACAUUUGGCUAAUUGUUAGUAUUUCGAUAGGUUUGGAUAAUAUAAAAGAAUAUAAAAAAAGUUUGGAUAAAAAAUAUAUAUUACCCUAUAAAAAGUUCUUGUACCAGUUCAAACAAUAUGUAGAACAGUGGUCACUUGAAUCAUCUGAGCGAAUUUUUAUCUUCCAAUCUAGUCAUGACUUCUUAAAAUAGCUGAGAUCACAAUUCCUACAGAGAGCCCACAUGCAAAUGAGCAACUUGGCAUUUAUUAGUCACACAAAAUCUCAAUCCAAAUGCAUGUUCUUCUAAACUUUUUAGCUUCUUCUUUGUAUGAGAUGAGAUCAGUUGACACUAUGAUAGUGUUGCUGGAACGCAAAUGGAAUUGACUACCGAUGAAUUAGGAUGGUUUAUGAGAUGGUUGAACCUUAUAUUGUCGCUUGUCGAACCUAAAGGAAGAAGAGACGGUGAGAUAGUCGAACAUGAGAUUUUUUUUAUGUUUGUUGCUGUAGGGUUUGUGAUUAGGAAAAGGAAGCCACGAAAAUGGAGCUACGAAUACGAUUUAUUGAAAACGAUGUCGUUUUGAAGUGGCCCGGUGCUCGGAUUAAUUGGUUGAAUCAGACGAAUUUCUUGAUUUGAUUGGGUUUUACAGGGUUUGGUCGGCCCAAGUAGAUAACCGAUUGGCCUACUGCACUUAGUGCGAUACUCGGGUUUGUGAAUAAUUGGUUUGAUCGGCCAAGUCAAACUCGGGUUGACAAUCAUGGUUAUGAGUCUUGUCUUUUUUUGAAGAUACAUUGGUUCAAAUCCCAUUUUUUUUUCUAUUUUUCUAUAAAUAAUACAGAUAAAUAAUUUUGAAGACAAAAAUAUUAUUCAUACUUUCAGUCUCGAUAUAGAAAAUUUGAAAUGGGGAAACAAUUUUCUCAUUCCAGUAUUAUAUAUUGUGUAGAGUGUAUAUGUAGACGUGUCUUUGCCCAACAUAUUCAUUAACACAUAAAAAUGGUGAAAUUAACAAACAUGUUAAACUUAACCUCGUCUAAUGAUUGUUGGAUCUAGUCAUGCCGGGUUAGAAAGGUGUUUAAAACUUAGCAGUUACCAGGCUAAAACGUUUAAAGGACCAGUGUCAUUGAGAUCGCACAAAGAUAUGAAUAUGAUUGCUUCAUAGUAGUUCUAAAAAUUAAUAUGAAUCAUGCAUAUUCAUUACUGGAUUUUAUUAUGCAAUAUUUGAACCAUUGAUAUUUGAGUUGUGAUUUUAAAGUUAUCCUUAUUUGGCCAUGUUGUUCUUUGUUGGUUUGUUUAUGUUUGUGUCUUCGUUUGGGAAAGAGGUUGUUUAUCUUGUUGUCCCUGCUGCACGAGUGUACCUUCGUUGUGUAACUUGUUUAACUCUUAACUCCUUAUUUAAUUAAUGAAUUUCACCUUUACAAACAAAAUUAUCAAAAUAAUCACAAUAUAAAAAUUGAAGUAUCGAACAUCAAUAAGUACUUAUCGGAGUUUUACUUGGCUAGCUAACCAUUGAAAAGUUCUGUGAUUUUCCGAUUUUAGCUUCAUGUAUGUUUUUAAUUUAAAGAGAUACAACAAAUUAAUAUAGUGUGAUUGGUUACAACUUUUGUCUCUGUUUAAAACAACAAAAGUUCAAAUCUUGCAAACAGUAAAAUUAUUAUCAUUUCUUACUUAUUAGAAAGUAAGAUAACAUUUACUAUUAUAACCCUAGCUACAAUUAAGGAGGACGCAUAGAAUUCAAAAUGGAGAAAAUCACAAAGUACUUCCAUAUUAUGAUGGAGGAUCUUCCAAUUUUUUUUAGUUAUCAAUCGUCAACCUUUCAUUCUUUUCCUUCAAAAAAACAUAUCUUGUCCAAAAUUUUAAGAUUCUAAUAUAUAUUAAAAGGGUAAUGUCUAUUUUUUAUUCAAAUAUUUAUUAGAUUCUUUUAUAUUAUCCAAACCUAUUAAAAUUCUAUUAAUUAUUCAAAUCUUUCAUAAUGCAUCAAUAUAUUAGCCAUUUUUAUGUUAUCGUUAAUUAUUUUGUAACUCUUUCCUUAGUUAAAAUAUUAAAAUUUGGAAAAUGUUGACCUUCACGAGUCUAUUCCAAGUCAGUAUCAAGUUGUCAAGUCAAUAUUACAAACAAAAUUACUAACCGAAAGUUAACAUUUGGCUAAUUGUUAGUAUUUUGAUAGGUUUGGAUAAUAUAAAAGAAUCUGAAAAAUGUUUGGAUAAAAAAUAGACAUUACACUAUAAAAAAUUCUUUUACCAGUUCAAACAAUAUGUAGAUUAGUGGUCACCUGAAUAAUCUAAUCGAAUUUUUAUCUUCCAAUCUAGUCAUGACUUCUUAAACCAGCCGAGAUCACAAUUCCUACAAAGAGCCCACAUGCAAGUGAGCAACUUGGCAUUUAUUAGUCACACAAAAUCUCAAUGCAAAUGCAUGUUCUUCUAAACUUUUUUGCUUCUUCUUUGUAUGAGAUGAGAUCAGUUGACGCUAUGAUAGUGUUGCUGGAACGCAAAUGGAAUUGACUACCGAUGAAUUGGGAUGGUUAAUGAGAAGGUUGAGCCUUGUAUUGCCGCAUGUCGAACCUAAAGGAAGAAGAGACGGUGAGAUAGUCGAACAUGAGAUUUUUUUUAUGUUUGUUGUUGUAGGGUUUGUGAUUAGGAAAAGGAUGCCACGAAAAUGGAGCUACGAAUUGGAUUUGUCGAAAACGAUGUCGUUUUGAAGUGGCCCGGUGCUCAGAUUAAUUGGUUGAAUCAUACAAAUUUCUUGGUUUGAUUGGGUUUUUCAGGGUUUGGUCGGCCCAAGUAGAUAACCGAUUGGGCCUUCCACGCUUAGUGCGAUACUCGGGUUUGUGAAUAAUUGGUUCGAUCGGCCGAUUCAAACUCGGGUUGACAAUCAUGGUUAUGAGACUUCUCUUUGUUUGAAGAUACAUUGGUUCAAAUCCCAAUUUUUUAUAUUUUUCUAUAAAUAAUACAGAUAAAUAAUUUUGAAAACAAAAAUAUCAUUCAUACUUUUAGUCUCGAAAUCAAAAAUUUGAAAUGGGGAAACAAUUUUCUCAUUCCAGUAUUAUAUAUUGUGUAGAGUGUAUAUGUAGACGUGUCUUUGCCCAACAUAUUCAUUAACACAUAAAAAGGGUGAAAUUAACAAACAUAUUAAACUUAACCUCGUCUAAUGAUUGUUGGAUCCAGUCAUGCCGGGUUAGAAAGGGGUUUAAAACUUAGCAGUUACCAGGCUAAAACGUUCAAAGGACCAGUGUCAUUGAGAUCACACAAAGAUAUGAAUAUGAUUGCUUCAUAGUAGUUCUAAAAAUUAAUAAGAAUUAUGCAUAUUCAAUACCAGAUUUUGAUAUGCAAUAUUUGAACCAUUGAUAUUAGAUUUGUAAUUUUAAAGUUAUCCUUAUUUGGCCCUGUUGUUCUUUGUUGGUUUGUUUCUGUUUGUGUUUUCGUUUGGGAUAGGGGUUGUUUAUCUUGUUGUCUCUGGUGCGUGAGUGUGCCUCCGUUGUGUAACUUAUUUAACUAUUAACUCCUUAAAGGGAUACAACAAAUUAAUGUAGUGUGAUUAAUUACAACUCUUGUCUCUCUUUAAAACAAUCAAGGUUCAAAUCUUACAGGCAGUAAAAUUAUUAUUAUUUUCUACUUAUUAGAAAGUAAGAUGACAUUUACUAUUAUAACCCUACCUACAAUUCAAAUCUUACAGGCAGUAAAAUUAUUAUUAUUUUCUACUUAUUAGAAAGUAAGAUGACAUUUACUAUUAUAACCCUACCUACAAUUAAGAAGGACGCAGAGGAUUCAAAAUGGAGAAAAUCUCACAAAGUACUGUGAUAUUAUAAUAGAGGAGGAUUUGGAGAUCAAUGUUAACACUGUACUAAGAUAUUAGUAUUUAACAAAUUAACAAAUGCUCAUAUACGACCUUUUUGGAUCCAAUUCUCUUUAUAAUGCAAAAUUUUAUAGGAUACUCUUUUUUAAUUUUUAACUUUGUCAUGGUGUCAUGAUGAUAUCAACGUUUCAAAAACUAAAUUUAUUAGGAGAAAAAGGCAAGCAAACAAGUAAAAAAACAACUUUCCCUCCCUCCUCUUCCAUUUCUCAUCUUAUCUUCCCCAUUAGUGUUCCUCGUCACCUUUGCAACCAUCCAAAAUGCUGCCAGCGAACUCCAUAACAAACACCAUUCUCAUUUUCCCUUAUUCACUCCACUUCGACCAGCUGACGAUUGACUUUUUCUGGCGAAAUUCUGGAAUCAGACUCGCUUCGGCCAUCUGCAAAAAAUUACCACUCCGUGAAUGCGCUAGUGGUACACUACUACCACCACGGGUACCACUACUAAUACAGCGCUACCACUACCAUCUGGUAGUUGAUAGUGACAACGUACUACGGGACGGGAUACGGUGACAACCCCCUUAGGGGUUGUCAGAUUAACAACCAAGGGUAUUUUGGGUAUGAAAAAAGGAAUAUAUUAAUUACCUUUUUUGUAUUAAUCAGAUUGGGAAUUAAAAACUCAUAUUAAAUACCUUUUUUUUAAUUUAAAUCCUAUACAUUAAUAUCUCUAUCUCUCUCUCUCUCUUCCUUUCUCCUGCGGUCACUCCGCUUCGAUGGACAGACUUUUUCUCUGGCGAAUUCUCUCCGGCAGACUCCCUCCGGCAACCUGAAAAAUGUACCAGUGCGUUAAAAAGUGUACCAAUCUAUUUGUCUAUUGGUAAUUAAUAUAUCAGUGCUAGUGGUACGCUACUAGUGCGUUAAAAAUGUACCAGUACUAGUGGUACGCUACCAAUACUAGUGGUACGCUACCAGUGCUAGUGGUACGGUACCAUUACCACUUGUAGCGGUACCAUUAGCAGUACCAGUACCACCGGUAGCGGUACCAUUGCCACUGGUAGCGGUACCAUUGCCACUGGUAGCGUACCACUAGAGACUAGCACACAAAAAAUCAGAUCUGAAAUAUGAAAAAUCACAGAUCUGGAAAAAAAUAGGGAUGACGAAAGGGGGAGGCAGGGGAGAGGCGGUGACCUCGUGGCGACGGUGCUGGUGGGAGACAGAGGGCUGCCGGAGGGUUGCGACGACGGUGGUGGUGGGAGGCCAUCGCGGCGAUGGUGGGAGGAGGAGGCCGCGAUGGCUGUGGGGCGAGGGACGUGACAGUGCUGGGAGGCGGAGGGCGCGACGACGGGAGGGCUGCAGCAGUGAUGAGAGGCGGAGGGCGUGGCGGGUCGGCUGCGACGACGGUGGUGGCAGCCGAUAGAGAGAGAGGGAAGAGAUGGGAGGAAGAAGAAGAAGAAUAGGAAGAAGAAAGAUGGCGUGAGAGAGAGAGAGAGAGAGAGCGAGAGAGAGAGAGAGAGAGAGAGAGAGGAAAUAGAGAGUGUAGGGUUUUAGAUAUUAAUAGGGGUAAUAAUCUAGUGUGGUCAAUUUUUUCGUCCAAAAAUACCCUUAAUCCAAUCUGUACCAUUGAUUUGAAAAAAGAAGAAAGAGACAAGAGAGAGAAUGGAUCCUAUGGUUAUAAAAUGGGUUGUCAAUCUCACAACUCCUAAUGGGGUUGUCACCGUAUCUCAUCCCACGUACUACUAAUCCAAUAUCAUUUGGUACCUGGUAGUGGUGGCGUACCACUACCAAGUACCAAAUGAUACCACUACUAGAAUAAAAUCACUACCACUAGAAAAAAAAUCAUAUAUGAAAAUCCAAAAAUCACAUAUCUGAAAAAUGAAGGGGAGGAGAGGAAGAUUAUAGUGACAGAGGGACUCACAUCGGAAGAGGCCAGGAGAGGAGGCACGACGGCGGCGACAGAGGAGGGCGACGACAGAGAGUUGGUAACGGCAGGGGUGGAGGGAGGCCGAGGAUUGCGGAGGCGGCAAUGGUGGAGUGAUCAGCAAUGGUGGAGGGAUGCAGAGGGCGAUGGUGGCAGUGCCAUCUGUUGGAGAGAGGGAGGAGGGAGGAAUUAUGUUUUUUUUUAUAUAUAUGGGAGGGAGAAUGAUUGAGUGUGAUAAUAUUUUUCCCAUCCAAAAAUAUCCUUCUUUUAAUCCUAAUCAAUAAUCAUUAAUUUGAAAAAGAAUGAAAAGACAGAAGAGAGAAGAUAUCCAUUGGCUAGGAAGUGAGUUGUCAAUUCAGGGGCUGUGACCGUAUUCCAUCCUUUUACGUGCGAUUUUAGUCUACUGGUUCAUGCAUGUAUGGCUAAUUUGAUCGGCUCAAUCAACCUAAUAAAAUUAUCCGUUACCAAAAUCAAUUUUAUGUUGCACUGAUAUACGAAGACACAUUCCGGUCGAACCCUUCCACCGUUCGGUUCAACCCCAAAUAAUAACCGCGGUAUAUCGUU